UGUUUUAAAGCCUAUUCCUUUGACUAAAUUAAUUAUAAUAAUAAUAAUCUUUUCCCGUUGUUUACUUAUUUCUUCACUAAUCUCUACAGACAUUGAUAGUGUACAUGAAUCCGUAAAGCUAAACUUAACAAACCAAUGACUUUAAACCAUGUCAACGAGAAGACGCACGGAAAACAGGGCCCAUCUCCGCUUUUCAGUAUUGUUAAUAAUUAUUAUCAAUACAUUGGAGGUAAAAAUAUCGUUAAUCGAACCUGGAAAAUUGUAUAAAACUUAUUUGAAAGAGGACUUGGAAUUGUGCAAGGAUUGCUUCAGAUCUCAGUUAAAAGGAUGUGAAAAAUUCUAUGAAAAUAUCAUUGGCCAAGAUUUAUCGCUGCAGUCCAUUAUGGAUGUUCUACCCAAAAUGCCGUCCAAACGUAAUAUCCGUUGGCUCACAAUGCAAAAUACGGAAAGGGUUGUAUGCAAAUACUUGGGCUAUCGAAAUCAAAGAAAGCAUCUUCACCAUGCUACGGUGCAAAAACUAAGAGAUGAAUUAUUACAUUCCCAAAGCGCUUGGCAAUAUUGUCCCAUCGAAGACAUUGAAAGUUUUUUAUUGCAGUUGCGAGCGUAUUUGAGUUUAAAACUUGAGACUUUGUGGUUGUACGCGUUAACCAAUAUUGAUCUUUUGCUAAAACCGGUGCUAUAUGAUUUGAAUUUUCCCGUUCCAAGAACGUGGCAUGUAUGUGGAUUCACUCUAAUAGAAGAUAAUGCCGGACAGAGUUUACAUUAUUUCUAUAGAGAAAACUUUUUUCAGAAACUUGAAAUUGCUAAGCAAUUAUUAGAAGCGAGUUUACAAUUUUCAAAUGGCUUUUCGAACUAUCGCUUAUAUAUAACAGAUUUAACAGCAGACAAUAUAGUCUAUAAUGUUGCGAAAAGUAAACUGUAUUUAAUUGAUUUGGAUACAAUAUUGAUAGUUGACUCUUCAAAAGCUGAAUAUAAUAAUUCUGUGCAUCGUUAUGAAUAUGAGAUAUGUGAAGGAUGUUUCUCGUACGAACCUUUGGAUAUUUGCAACUACAAUAUUAGCGAUGUGAAUAUUUUUCUUGCUUGUCAGUUUUUAACAGAGGACUUGUAUCAAAGGAAAACGGGCGGAUUUUUAUAUCCCAUACCCCAAAGCGUACAAGAAAGAUAUCCGAACUUGGAAAAACUUUUAAAUCAAUGUGUGCAAUGCUCACAGUCGAAUUGCCAUAACCGUUUCGAUAGUGCUAAAAAUACGAUCAAUUUGAUUAAAGAAAUUUUAUUGAACCACGAUACUCAUUUGUACAAACAAAUUGUUUAGUUGUCUUCGUCGA